AUGCCGCUGAUAACCGUUAUUUCAAAUGUUGCUGCGAACAUAUUCCCAUCAAAUUUCAACAUGCGCUUUGCGCAGUUAAUGGCAGACAUGUUAGGGAAGCCGGCAAAUCGAGUAGUUUUGCUUGUUACGCCAGGAGCACAACUAACCCAUGGUAUCACGCAAGACCCAUCAUGCUUAAUUGUAGCUAAAGCUAUUGACUCAUUUUCUGCGGAGAAGAACAAAGUAUAUUCAUCGCUAAUAUCAGAAUUUAUGAAGAAAGAAUUAGAUAUUGACCCUUCCCAUUGUAUUAUUCACUUCCAGAAUCUGGAUGCCGGAAACGUUGGUUGUUGCAGUACGACAAUGCAAGAGCUUUUGAAGAAAUAA